ACACGUGUAUGAAAUCUGGCGAUUAUUCCUACGAUCUUUAGCACGUUUGAGGUCAAAGGACUUUGUAUAAGAAUGCUUAAUUUAGAGUUUUUCUACUGUUUCGUGUAAUUAACGAAUGACGUGUAAAUUAUUCUUGCAGAUGACACUCCCAAAAUUGCACUCUAUUAUUGGAUUUCGUUGUGAUAUAGAAAAUGCGAUACAUUUCUUAUCCGAGGAUACUUUGCUGUAUCCUGCAGGGAAUGUCUAUGUUCUUCACAAUAUUCAAAAUAACACCCAAAAAUUCCUGAAGGACAACAAACUAAACAAAGCUUUUUACGCGGCUCUCGAUUCGGAAUCCAAGCUAUUAGCCUUGCUCAUUCCAGGCAAGAGGAGAGCCUUUGUGGCCAUGUUCAACCUCUCGACACUGGAGAGAGUUGCUAGCCUUAGUUACGACCAGAUGACUUCCAAAACCAUGGUUUGCUUUUGUUUCUCUCCCGAUGGAAGGCACGUGCUGGCACAAACUGGGCCUCCUGACUGGCAAAUGAUUCUUUGGGAUUGGAAUAAAAAUGACAUUAUUUGCGCCUACGAGCCUUUAAAUUUAAAAAAGGAUUGCGAAAUUUUCCAGGUAACAUUCCAUCCAAAGGACUUCAGUCAAGUGUGUUCAGUAGGGAAGAAGACCCUCAGAACUUAUCGUAUAAGUGGAGGUAACUUCAAGCAGUUUAUUUUCCAACGUUACGAGGAAGAAGAAGUGAAUUAUUUAUGCCACGUUUGGUUUUCUAAAUCCAAAAUCGCCAUUGGAAGUAACGAUGGAAGAAUUCUAGUAAUAGAAAACAAUGAAGAAGUCGAUGAGAUCCUUGUAACUGACGAGUACUGUCAGGAUCCUAACAAAGGUGGUUUAGCAAGGCGCCAGUUGUUAGAACGGGUUCUUAAUGAUGUAAAUCCAAUUAAUCGUCUUGCUGCCACAGAUAAGAGAAUCUUAGCUCUUUGCGGGCAUCGGAUAGUCGCGGUUUACGAAAUUGAAAAAGCGACUGUCAAACAUAUUCCUCUUGGCGUUAUCGAGUUGCCAUCGAACGAAAUGGAAGAGGAGGAGGAUGAGAAAAUCACGAACCUGAUCGUUAAUCCUAAGGGAAAGUUAGUAGUAAUUAACACUAAUCAAGGGCGCUUGUGCAGCUUUUCAUUCGAAACAGAAGAGUGGGAAAAGUGUUUUCGUGAAAAAUUUUCAAACUUUCUACAACCGAAUCUGGUCGGUGGCAUCCGAGAUUUGGAUGUGUGCAUACAGAAGCAGUUAGUAGCCUUCUGCACCCCGAAUUUCUUUCAUUUUUGGGAUUAUAAAAAGCAAAGGUUAGAAUUAAGACAAUUUAUUCAUCAAGAGUUAUUCAGCAUGUCCGUUCAUCCUUCAGGCAAUUAUGUUGUUGCAGGAUGUGGUGACAAACUACGUUUCUUUGCAGUGUUUCUGAGUGAACUCAGAACGUUGAAAGAAUAUCCUAUCAGAGAAUCAGAUCAGUGUUCAUUCAGCGAGGGUGGACAUCUAUUCGCUUGCACUUCCGGUUACGUGAUCUGCAUCUAUUCAACCAUCACUCUAGAUAUAAUUGCUAAGCUUAAAGGACAUUUCGGAGCGGUGAAAUCCAUUUUGUGGAUAGAAGCGGAUACUAGUAUAUUAUCCUGUGCAGAAGACGGGGCAUUCUACAAAUGGAACGUACAAAGCGGUACAAGAGUUCAGGAUAUCGUGGAAAGGAGUUGCAACUAUUACGCCAUGUUCGUUGCCGAAAAUGAAAACGUAUAUAUCACUAGUUCGGAUAAAACCAUUAAAGAAAUGAAAAAUUUUAAGAAUUCGAAGUCGAUCAAGUGCAAUACGUUAGUGACCAGUUGUAUUGCGAGUUUGUGCAAUAAAAAGAUAUAUUUAGGUACGAGCGAAGGUAACUUAAGAAUGGAAGCUCAACCUCUUCAGGAGAUUUUAGAGGGUGAGGAGCAUAUGGCACAUUUGGGAGAAGUAACAAAGAUGAAGCUAUCAUACGAUGGUACUUUACUUGUCACAUCAGGAGCCGACGGAACUCUUUGCUUCUGGCAGGUAGAACACGAAGCUCAACGAGAAACAGUUCUUUUCACUGCUACCUUCACUACAAAAGAAGAGGUACAGGAACAGAUAGAAAAGAUUGAUCAACUUCAGAAUUAUAUAGAGGAGCUCAGGAUCGAUAGAGCUUACCAAUUGAGGAAAAAAUCCGAACAAAAUGAUAAAUAUAUCGAGAACUUGUCCAAGAAAUUUACUAAAGAUAUAGACAAUCUGAAGAAAGAAAUUGAGAGGCUAAAUGAAGGAAUCGGUGAGAUAAAGAAGAAACACGAAUUAGAAAUCGUAGAUUUGGAGGAGGAACACAGAAAAGAUUUAGAAAAACAAGAGGAGGAACAUUGUGACAAAUUGAUAGUUCAGUAUGAAAGAAUAGAAAAGAUCCAAAAUCAAUCCCAAUACGAGCUGCAAGACGUGAAAGAAAGAUCUGAAGAAACAAUAAAAGAUCUGCAAGAAGUUUCAAGAAGAAAGUGUGAAGAUUACGAAAAGAAACUGAAAAAAUACGAAGAAGAAUUGAAAAAGAUCAAGGAGAUUCGACAAGAAGAAGAGCGAACGUGGCAACUAUAUAUUGACGAGAAGGAACAGGAGUUGAACGAGGAAAUCAUCAAAAUGAAGGCCGAUUAUGACAAACAAUUGAAAACACGCAAAGACAGUUUACUUCUUUAUAGAACUGAACUUAGUAUUAUGAAAAGCAGGAUUGCAUCACUCAAGAGCGAAAUUGAACAUAAUCGGAUCCAUAACGAAAAACAGGAACAGGAAAUAGGAUCUUUAAAAGACGUCAUUCAAGAUCUGAAUAAGAAGGAAGAUGUGUAUAGGAACGAAAUCGAUUAUAGAAACAAGAGUAUCUUGUUACGAGAAGAAAAGCUGUUGAAAUUACAGAAAACAAUAGAAAAAUUAGAAAAACGAAAUUAUAUUCUUGAGGAGUGUUUGAAUGAAGAAAGAAAAUGUCAGGAACCUUUGAAAGAAGAGAAGAUUCAGCUGGAAGAAAGAGUCAAAGAGUUAGAAUAUAAACUUUCGAUGGCUGUCGUCAAUGAGAAACAAGCCGAAGAACACGUGGUAACGAGUGAAGAUACAAAGUCAGACAGUAAAGAUAUAAACGCUCAUCAAAGAGACGAAGAAGAGAGUUUAUUUACCAAUGAAGAUAACGAAGAAAUUAAAUGUGAAAAAACGAAUCAAAAUCGAAAAAAUCUGAAGAGGAUCAAUUCCAAGAAGGAACGGGAUAUCACCUUAAAGGAAAAGAGAUUAGAAAACAUCAUCCAAACUCUAAAUAGGCAAUUAGAAAGGCAGAGCAAACAGUAUAAGAGAGAAUGUUCUCGUUUAAGAAAGGAGAAUAUAUCUCUGAUGGAAGAAGUAAGCAGACUCACAGAUAAGAAUAAAAAAUAAACUUGAUUCACUUUCACUCGAUAGAACUGUUUAUUCACCUAACUAUUGUUGAAAAUUACGUUUAAAAUGUAUUAUUCCUCGAAAUGGGAUCAGAUAAAUCCAUUAAUCUAAAGAGAUCAUCGCGAAUCCCCCUUUAACCUAAUUAAAACGU